AUGCUUCAGGCGGUUGCUUGUCAGCCCUAUACAGCGCCCCAUCGUUGCUCCAAUCGUCUUGAGAAUGCUCUGGAACACAUGCGCAGGCGGAGUUCGCAAACGAAAAGCUCGCGUUCGUUGUGGGAUCGGCCCAAUCAGAGUCCCUAUGAUCUGUAUCACAGCUUUUAUGGGCAGCACUCCGAUCCAGAGGAAGAUUUUUACAAUAUUGGCAGCACUGGUCGGGGUUAUCAUGCCAAGCACAUGCAGAGGCGAACCCGACCCCAUCAAUUUGUGGGCACGGGCGCCCCCUCGGACGCCCUAGAGCUGGAGCAGCUGCUGGCAUCCCAGCAACAUAGACAGCCACACAAGUUGGCCAUAUCGCGUGUGGAUGUGGAGGAUCUGAAGGUGCGUGUACCGCCGGGCAAAUCCGCCACACGUUGGGUGGAAAUCGACAAGUGUAAAUUUAGCACGGAGAACUCCACGCUGGAUACUCGUCUCAUAUUUCCGGACCUGACGCUAAGCGGUAAGGUGGUGCUCCAGCCGACGGGUGGUCGUUGCCACAUGAUACUGCGACUGAGACAUGCGGGCAUUGAAUUCCGUACCGUGCCCAUUGGAUUUGAGUCGGCAGCCGGCCAUGAGCAGUCGCGUCGCCUGGGCGCAGCCUCUGUGCGCACGGACUCGCAUUUCGCAGAGCCGGGAUUUAUAUCAGUGUUCGCUCACGGCUGUCAGGGACCAAGUGGCAUACGUUAUCGCCAGAACUCUAAGCGUAGAUUUGGCUUUGCCGGUUAUGACGGAACAUCAUCACCUCCGCCGCCGCCGUCAGCCCCGCAAGUGGAACUGGGAGAGCCACACAUCAUUAUGGGAAGCACCGGAUCGCAGCGUUGGGGCAAAUAUCACAAGCCAGACUAUGACAUACGCAGUGGCUAUCAGCACCAGGAGCAAACCACGCAGCGGGAUCAUAGUCUGAGUUUCGACAGCCACGAGCUGAACUCACACGAGUUCUAUGAUGUGAAUGGCGACAAUUUCUAUCGGCGGCAAUUCAGCAAGCGGAGGCGGCGUGAGCUCCCCAAUAGGCGUAGGCGGCAACUGGCGGAUGAAAUUAACUUCAACGAGGAUGUGCUGCAUUUUUCGGAUGAACAACUGCAGCAAAUGGUGGAGCCAGAUGCACGCGCCUUCGCCGAUAUCUUCAGUGGUGGGGAACGGGAGCAGUUAGUAGGCGAUGCCAUGUCCAAUGAACUGGAGAAGCUCUUCUCCAUGGGAGUGCGCGGUCUCUUGACCACCUACAUGCAACGCGCCCUGCAGCCGGCCAUAAAGGAGACGCUAAUGGAGAACAUGGGCUACACCUUGAGCUACGGCUGA